AUGGGAGACACUAAGCCCAUCUCCACCCUCGGCUGGGGCAUCGCCCUCCGUGGGGAGGAGGGAGCAGGCGUGGGGGGCAUGGCGUGGGACGGGCACUGUGGGGCAGAGAAGACGGGGAAGGUGCUGGGGGAGUUCUGCCGCUGCUAUGAGGAGCAGUACGGCGUGGCCCUCUUCAACAGCGUCCGCUACGAGAUCGAAGGCAACGGGGGGCCCCAGGCCCAGCUGCUCCAUCGCAAGGUUCCGUUGGAGGACCAUGUCAUCUACUCAGGCAACCUCUUCCAGUACAUCGAGGAGAACAAGAAGUGGAGGAAUCGCUUCUGCGUGGUCCCACACAACUAUGGCUUGGUCCUCUACGAGAACAAACUGGCCUAUGAGCGGGAGCUGCCGCCCCGCGUACUGGUCAACAGCGCUGGCUACAAGGUCCUCACCUCCGUGGACCAGUAUCUGGAGCUGGUGAAUAACAGCCUUCCUGGUGUGACGCCCAAAUCGGGGCACUCCCCCAUCCUGAAGUGCCCCACGGAUUUCCCCCUCAUCCUCUGGCACCCCUACGCCCGCCACUAUUACUUCUGCGUGAUGACGGGCAAGGAGCAGGAGAAGUGGAGGGCGGUUUUCCAGGACUGCGUACGGCACUGCAACAACGGGAUCUCCGAGGACUCCAAAGUGGAGGCUCCGGCCUUCACGGACGCCGUCCGCAUGUACCGCCAGUCCAAGGAGCACUACGGCACCUGGGACAUGCUGUGUGGCAACGAAACCCAGGUCCUGAGCAACCUGGUGAUGGAGGAGCUGCUCCCCGAGCUGAGGACCACCAUCGGCCCCCGGCUGAAGGGCAAGGCCCAGGAGCGCCAACGGACCUGGAUCCAGAUCUCAGAUGCCGUCUAUAGGAUGGUCUACGAGCAGACCAAGGCCCAGUAUGAUGCAGUGAUGGCCAAGUGCGAACAAGAGAGGCCCCAGAUGGAGAGCACCAUCCGCACAGACAUGGACCAGAUCAUCACCUCGAAGGAGCACUUGGCCAGCAAGAUUCGAGCGUUCGUCCUCCCCAAAGCAGAGAUCUGCGUCCGUAACCACGUCCAACCCUACAUCUCCUCCAUCCUGGAAGCCUUGAUGACCCCUACGAGCCAGGGCUUUGCCGAGGUGCGGGAGGUGUUCUUCAAGGAGGUGACGGACAUGAACAUGAACAUCGUCAACGAAGGUGGCCUGGAGAAGCUGAGGGAGUACAUGGAGAAGCUUUCCCAGCUGGCCUUCCACCCGGUCAAGAUGCAAUCGUGCUAUGAGAAGAUGGACCAGCUGAAACUGGAGGGCCUUCAGCAGCGGUUCGAUGUCUCCAGCACAUCUGUCUUCAAGCAGAGGGCCCAGAUCCACAUGAGACAGCAAAUGGACGACGCCGUGUACACGUUCGAGACGCUGCUCCACCAGGAGGUGGGGAAGCUGCAGAGCAAAGAUGACUUGUGCAAGUCCAUCCAGCGCAUCCUGGAGAGGGUGCUCAAGAAAUACGACUACGACAGCAGCACUGUGAGGAAGAAGUUCUUCAGGGAGGCCCUCCUGCAGAUCACCAUCCCCUUCCUGCUGAAAAAGCUGGCGCCCACCUGCAAGGGGGAAUUAGCCAAGUUUCAGGAGCUGAUCUUCGAGGACUUUGCCAGCUUCAUCCUGGUGGAGAACACGUACGAGGAGGUCGUGCUCCAGUCGGUGAUGAAAGACAUCAUGCAAGCUGUGAAGGAGGCGGCCGUGCAGCGGAAGCACAACCUGUACCGGGACAGCAUGGUCAUGCACAACAGCGAUCCCAACCUCCACCUCCUGGGUGAAGGUGUCCCCAUCGACUGGGGGGAGGAGUACAGCGGGCAGCAAGAGCCCGAGUCGGCCACCGACAAGCGCCGUAGGGCCAAGCAAGUGGUGUCAGUCAUCCAAGAUGACGAGGGGGUCCUGCCCUACGAGGUGGGUGCCGAGGCGUUGCUGCAGCCCAGCUCCCCAGAGCCACAGGAACCAGAGGAACCAGACCCUGGGGUACCACCAAGCUCUCCAGAUAGGGUUGAGGAGAUCCGGGAGGCGCUGGCGAAGGAGAGCCUUAGCGUGGAGGUGGAGGAGCGGCUGACGAAUGGCACCGAUGCCACACGGGAGAGUGGUGCCACCCAGGAGGUACCAGGGUCUGUCCCAGGGGAUGUCCCCACCCCGGGUCUGGCCAGCAAGGGAGAUGGGGUGCACCACGCCAUGCCAGCAUCACCUGCGCCUGGAGAUGAGGUCCCAUCAGGGGCUGUGGUGCAACGUGCAGCACCAGCAUCACCUGUGCCUGGAGCCAAUGUCCCAUCAGGGGCCACCACGCAACAUGCCACACCAGCAUCACCCAUGCCUGGAGCCGAUGUCCCAUCAGAGGCCACCAUGCAACGUGCCGCACGGCCAUCACCCAAACCCAGAGCUGAUGUCCCAUCAGGGGCCACCACGGAACAUGCCGCGCCACCAUCACCCAAACCCAGAGCUGAUGUUCCAUCAGAAGCCAAGGUGCCCCACGCCACACCACCAUCACCCAAACCCAGAGCCGACGUCCCAUCAGGGGCCACCAUGCAAUGUGCUGCACCAGCGUCACCCAAACCCAGAGCUGAUGUCCCAUCAGAAGCCAAGGUGCCCCAUGACACACCAGCAUCACCCAAACCCAGAGCUGAUGUCCCAUCAGAGGCCAAGGUGCCCCAUGACACACCAGCAUCACCCAAACCCAGAGCCGAUGUCCCAUCAGAAGCCAAGAUGCCCCACGUCACACCAGCAUCACCUGCACCUGGAGCUGGGAUGGCUUGCCACCAGCCCAGUGACAAGGAGACAGGCGAGGAGGUGGCCCCCCUGGCCAGCGAGUGCAGCCCCCCACAGCCCAUGGGGACGACAGAGAGUGGUGAGGGGGUGCAGACUGAGUUCUAGCCUCGGUGGCCUCCCUCACCCCCCACCACCAUGGACUGGCCCCGGUGACACCGGGGAUUGGGGUGGGGGGAACGGGACCCACAGCGCUGCCGGGGAUGGAGAGGGAAGGGAUGGGGAACACCAAGACCUUAUUGCCCAGGGCUGGGGGGGGGUUGUCCCAGCUGCUCCGUGGGGCUGGCCACAGCCAAGUGGUCCUACUGGGUCGGACUGGGGGAGGCCCCUGGCACGGGGCACCCCCUGCACUCUGCUCUGUCCUUCUUCUGCCUUAUUUUCUUCUUUUCUACUGAAGAGAUGCUUUAUCUGCACAUUCCCCCCCCCUGCACAAGUGCCUGGGGCUGCCGGGUGGGGGCUGCUGUGGA